CAAGAUCAGAUCUUAAUUCCAUGAUCCAUUGUUCAAAAUGAACCUUCAUCAAUUAAUUUGUUUGUGUGCAUGUUUCCUUACUUACAAGGUAGAAGCUGUAUCGAGAAAAGAAUAUGGAGCACGAAUAAUCGGUGGUCACAUUGCAUUUGCUGGCCAGUUUCCUUUUGCUGCAGCUGUUCACGUUCAAACUGCUGACAGCAAGUUUUUUUGCGGAGGAGCACUGACAGGCAACGAUUGGGUCAUCACCGCAGGACACUGCGUCUACAAUGCCGUUCUAUUUACUAUUCAACUUGGUUCAAAUCAUUUAGAAUCGGAUGAUCCUAAUCGUCUGACAGUAGCUACAUCUACGUAUAUUUUGCAUCCAGAUUUUAAUCCAGAGGCUAUCGAAAAUGACAUUGGUUUAAUUAAAUUUCGAAGACCUAUUGACUAUAACAUAUAUUUGAACCCCGUUUUUCCGAUGGGAUUUAGUUUAACAGACGAUGCGCCGGUCUAUGUACUCGGCUGGGGACAAAUUAGUGACUCUGACCCGGAACUAAGUAACGAAUUACGAUAUUUGUUCAUUAGGACUAUCAGUAAUGCAGAAUGUCGAACGAUCUAUGGUGAUCAAAUAACUGACACCAUGGUUUGUGUUGUUGGUAAUUACAAUGAAGGAACUUGCGUCGGUGACAAUGGAAGUCCAUUAGUUGCAAGUAACGGAAAAUAUUAUGCUCUUGUUGGUGUUGCUAGUUUUGUCAGUGCGAAAGGAUGCGAAAGUACAGAUCCUUCUGGUUAUACAAGAACAUUUCCUUACUUGGAGUGGAUACAAAACAAUACAAGAGAGGAACAAAACUUGUAUGAAUAAAAUUUAGAAAUAAAUGACAAAGUUUUACAGUGA